UUUUUGUGUUACUAUUUUUCCCGUAAAUUUUUUCGCCAGCAAUGAGUGGCCAACAGUUUGUAACACCCGUAACACAUGUAGUGUUUGAUAUGGACGGCCUAUUAUUAGACACUGAACCCCGGUAUGAGAGGGCCAUCAAUACGGUUACCACACGCUAUGGUAAACCCUAUCCACUAGAGCUAAGAGUUAGAGUAAUUGGUACAACACAACAUGACCAAGCUGAACUGGUAGUCCGGGAACUAGGAUUGCCAAUAACACCGGACCAGUAUAUAGAGGAAUUGAACAAAGAGUACUACAAUGUAUUUGAUCAGGUACCAUUUUUGCCGGGUGCCGAACGAUUGGUUAGACACCUGCACCUGAAUCGGGUGCCCAUAGCUAUAGCUACCAGUUCUAAACGGCAUACGUUUGAAAUGAAAACCCGUGAUCACCAGGAAUUGUUCAAAUUGUUUGAACAUAUAUUGAUUUGUUCCGAUGAUCCCGAUGUCAAACGCGGAAAACCUGAUCCACAAUCCUAUGAGGUGGCAGUCACUAGGUUUCGGUCAUCCAAACCCCAGUCAAUGGCCAACGUAUUGGUGUUCGAAGAUUCACCAGCAGGUGUCCGAUCGGGUAUGGGUGCCGGUUGUCAAGUGGUAUGGGUUCCGGCCCGUGAAGUUCCCCGAUCGAUGGCCUCACCGACCAUUACGUUGGAUUCGUUGCUGGAUUUUCGUCCCGAAGUGUUUGGUUUACCGCCGUUUGAUGACUAGGAGUGAUGCCGUCUGUCCGUCCGUUGCAUCCAUUUCUCUGUCUCUCUCUCU